AUUGAAAUGAUUAGUGGUUUAUUAUACAGUCCAAAUUGGACAUUCGUCGACAAAAUCUUGAGAGACCCUUAAUUGGUAGAUCUUGAGUAUUUUGUUGGAGGUGGUCCAGGACAUGAUUGGCUUGCAAAAGUCGUAAGAGUAGAUCAAUAAAAAUUUUUAGGUCCAAGGGCUAAAUUUGAGAGAUAAUUUAAGGAAGACCCCAAAACUUGGGAAGUUUUCUCUGACAAUUUCUAUCGUCUUACAGUCCUUGCUGGAGUUGAAAGAUUACUCACUCUUAGAUAAGCAUAUGGAGGUUUGAAGACCAGAUUUACCUUUGGAGAUUCUAACACAGCUUGUCUUUAAUAAAUAUUCAAUCAAGGAUUAUUCAAGGGGUAUUUUAGGGGAGCAUUAUUAAAUGCCUUCUAAUUUUUAACAGUUUGGGCUCAUCCAUUGGUAUACAGCAGAGGCAAUGGAUAUGCUUCUCAUUAUCUAUACUCUUCAUUAUUUGAAUUGAUUACUUAUCCAAUUGAUACAAUAAAGACUAUUAUAUACUCUGAUGUUCAAGGAAGAUAUAAGGGGGCAUUCGAUGUAAUUGAAUAAGUUUAUGCAAGAAAUGGAUUCAGUCAUUUUUACAGAGGAAUUGUCUUCAAAUUGGCCUUCAAUGGAACAUUAAUCUAUCAUCUCAGAAAUGUCUAUGAAUAAGAUUACAUUCAAUAAUUGGUAUCGACACCUUUAUUGGCUAUUGGUUAUGGAUUCCUUACUAUCAAGACAAGAUUGCAAUUAGCAAGCACAGAUUUGAGUUUCUAAUAAACAAAUCAAAAGGGAAGAAUAGCUGCAAACCUCUUCGCUUAAAAGACACCCUUCAGCAUCUACAGAGGUGUUAUUCCAUUCCUGUUGUUAACUGACUUCUUCCACUACAAAUUAUUUGCACUUUAUUCAUCCACUGCUCAAUCAAGAACUUUGGAUGAAUUCCUCAAUCAAUAUAAACAUCAAAUAGGAAGUCCAAAGGAUGAAAAUUUAUGGCAAUGAUUAUGCAAAUAAUCAACAAAAUGUCAAUAUAAAAUAAAAGUAUUUAUAACUUGGAUAUAA